GCAAUGGUUGUACCAAAGUUCACACCUGAGGUGAAAGCCAACACAAGUCACAAGAACUGGAAGUUCUUUGAAAUGUAUGGAGGCAGGCCUUUUCCUGCUGAACACUUGAAGAAAGCAGCCACUGAGAUAGAAGAGUUCUGUAACAUUUUACAUCAUGAGGGCGUGACUGUGCGCAGGCCAGAGCCAAUCGACUUCUCAGAGGUAUGCAAGACGCCAGAUUUCGAGUCGUCCGGCCUGUACUCCGCGAUGCCACGUGACAUUCUCCUCGUGGUAGGAGAUGAGAUUAUUGAGAGCCCCAUGGCGUGGCGGUCCAGGUUCUUUGAGUACCGCGCAUACAGACCGCUGAUCAAGGAGUACUUUAGACGAGGGGCGCGCUGGACAACGGCACCCAAGCCACAGAUGUUGGAUGAGUUGUAUGACCUGGUAAGAGACUGGAACUACAGAUAA